ACCUUAUUCGGAAACACUUUAUGUUUCAGGUACUCUCGCUAGCGUGUUAGACAAUGAUGUUGAGGACUUUGUCUGCCCCGAUGAGGAUGGUUACUAUGCAACUUCUGAAUGCCACACCUACUACAACUGUGAGGGUCGGAAUAGAACAAGGAAAAUCUGUCCUUCCGGUCUUCACUUCAGUCGAAUGACCAGAAUAUGUGAUUGGCCUGCCUUUUCAGGGUGCAAACAAGGGUCCAAACAGGUUUUAAGAACACCAGAAUUUAAUCUUGGACAGCCAACAACUGAAAUCACCUGUCCAAUCAAGGCCUGCCACUGUUUGUAUCCUAGCAAGACAGACUGCAGUUCAUUUUAUCGUUGCGUCAAGGGAAUCGCCUAUAAAGAAUGGUGUGGAAACAGUCUAUAUUUUGAUGUCCAACUGGGAACUUGUAACCUUAAGGAGGAUGUCAAAUGUGAAAUAACCACCACCACAACAACAACAACAACUACAACUGCCAAACCAGACAUUGGCUGUUUUGAAUGUCCUGAACCAUAUGGACUCUUCAAAGACCCGGACAACUGUAGAAGAUUCUUCCACUGCUCUUAUGGCAUUCCAUAUCACAAAUGGUGCCCUGCUAAUCUCCACUUUAACGAACGGCUUAAGGUCUGUGACUGGCCACAGAACGCUUGCUGUGAAAAAAAUAGACCCUGCCCUGAACCAACCCCUACGCCCACACAACCCGAAGACGUAUGCAACUGUGAGUGCUGUUUUUUUCCGGAUAAGAACGACUGUUCUGCCUAUACGUACUGCGAGAAAGGUAUCCUGUACAAAAAACGUUGUAGCGAAGGGCUUUACUUCAAUCCAAGAAUUGGAAAUUGUGACUAUAAACAAAACGUUGACUGUGAACUUGAUCCUAAGUGUCCACAGCCCAAUGGAAAGUUUCCAAUUCCUGGCACCACCACCUAUUAUCUGAUUUGUAUUAAUAAAAUCCCAAGAAUAGAGAAAUGUCCCGAGGGACUUAGCUUUGACCCCGUCACAAUGUGCUGUACCUGGCCGGACCCGCCCCGAAACAUUACGGUUCCAGGACUUAUCACCUAUCCAUCCAAGAAUGAAUGUCCUUGUGAUUGUUGUGCCAUCCCUGAUCCCAAGGAUUGCUCCAAGUUCACCCUCUGUAUUAACGGUAAUGCUAUAAAGCAAACUUGUGCUGAUGGUCUUCGCUUUAACCCGAAAAUCGAAAAUUGUGACUAUGCCAGAAACUAUCAAAAAUAUCAUGGAAGAUGUACAGGUGGACUUCUAUUUAACCCUAAAAUAGAAAACUGUGACUUUCCCGAGAACGUUGACUGUGAUGAUAAACCAGUUCCUGGUUGUAAAUGUGAAUCUGAAUCUGGUCUCUUCCCUCACCCUCACGACUGUACCAAGUUCAUUCACUGUGCCCACUGGCAACCACACAUCAAGGACUGUCCGUCAGGGCUACAUUUCAACAAAGUUCUAAAAGUUUGUGAUUGGCCAGAGAACGCUUGUUGCAACGGACCAUGUCCAACACCAAUUCCGCCAAUUGGAAUAUGUGACCUGUGUGAAUGUUGUUUAAUCCCUGACAAACUUGACUGUGCAGCCUUCACCAGAUGUGAAAAUGGAAAUUCUUACAGCGAACGCUGCUCUCCUGGCCUUUUGUUCAACCCGAAGAUUGAGAACUGUGAUUUCGAGAAGAAUGUCGUAUGUAAUAAACCAGGAGUGUGUCCUGAACCAGUUGGUCUUUUCCCACAUAAAGACUGCACUAAGUUCAUCCACUGUGAUCAUGGAGUUCCUCAUAUUAAGGACUGUCCAGCAGAUCUGCACUUUAAUCCAAAAUUGAAGGUCUGCGACUGGCCCAAUAGAGCUGGCUGUGGAAAUCCCAUAACACCAAUUCCACCCGACCCGAAGCCUUGUCCAGACUGUAGCAUUUGUGACUGCUGCUUCAUACCUGACAAAAAUGACUGUACCAAGUUUUAUCGCUGUGAAUUUGGAAAAUCCUAUCAUGGCCAAUGCUCUUCUGGCCUUGUUUUUGAUGAAGCUCAACAGACUUGUAUUCAUGCUAAAGAUGGAAACUGCGGGAAUAAUGAUAGAUUCAUUUGUCCAUUGCCCAAUGGCAAGUUUAAAAACAAUGACGACUGUGGUUCUUACUGGGAGUGCAGUAAUGGCUUCGCUUACUUGAAGGAAUGUCCAGCCAAUCUGCACUGGAGUGAAGCCCUGCAACGUUGUGAAUGGCCCUGCAUUGCUCGAUGUACCAAAGUUUCAAUAGUAUGUCCUCCACCGACUUCAAUACCACCAACGAAGCUCCCAGAAUGUGACUGUGAUGGUUGCUUCACUCCUCACCCCACAGACUGUGAUUCUUACUAUCGCUGCAAAGAUGGAAUUCGUGUUAAAUACACGUGUUCUCCUGGGUUGUACUUCAACAGGCACACCAAAAAAUGUGACUACAAAAAUAGUGUCAGUUGUUACAACUUCAAGUGUCCGAGCAAAAACGGGAUGUUUAAGAACGAAAACGACUGUGGAUCGUUUUGGCAUUGUUCCAAUUAUAUUCCAUACCUUAAGGAUUGUCCGGCCAACCUACACUGGAGUGUGGAGAGACAAAGAUGUGAAUGGCCUUGUAUCGCCAAAUGUGAUCCUUCUGUUCCAAUUUGCCCAACUGAACAGACAACAACGGUAACUAAGCCUGUUUGUGGGUGUGAUGGGUGUAUGACACCUCACCCGAGCAUCUGUUCAGCAUACUAUAGAUGUAAAAAUGGUCAACGAGAACUACUCUACUGCCCUUCUGGUCUUCACUUUAACAAGAACACCAAAGUCUGCGAUCACCCAGAGAACGUUCGCUGCUGGAAGUUCAUCUGUCCCCUUCCUGACGGGAUGUACAAGAAUGAUGACGAUUGUGGUAGCUUCUGGCACUGUUCUAAUGGAAUUCCGUACAUCAAAGAUUGUCCUGCAGGCUUACAUUGGAGUGUUGCCUUAAACAGGUGUGAAUGGCCGUGUCUUGCCAAGUGUGACCCCACUGUUCCACCUUGUCCUACGGAAUCUACUAGUAUCCAGACCACCCAAAAUCCAUGUGGAUGCAGUGGUUGUGUAACACCUCAUCCCACUGACUGUUCGGCCUAUUACCGAUGUCAAAAUGGACGCCGAGAACUACUCUAUUGCCCACCUGGUCUGUACUUUAACAAAAACACCAAAGUUUGUGAUUAUCCAGGGAACGUCCGUUGUUGGAAAAUCGACUGUCCAAGAAACGAUGGUAUGUUUAAGAACGAAUUUGACUGUGGAAGUUUCUGGCACUGUUCGAAUGGAAUUGCCUACCUGAAAGAUUGCCCUGCUGACCUCCAUUGGAGUGUGGAGAAAGAAAGGUGUGAAUGGCCUUGUAUCGCCAAAUGUGAUCCUUCUGUUCCAACCUGCAAACCAACCACUACACUAAAACCUGUAGAUCCCUGGUGUCCAUGUUCAAUGUGUGUCUCCGAAGAUCCAUUCGAUUGUCGAGCUUAUUUCAAGUGUAACAAUGGAGUCCGAGAAACGAAGUACUGUCCUAAUGGUCUGUAUUUCAAUAAGAACACCAAGGUAUGUGAUCAUCCAGAGAAUGUUGAUUGUCCAGAUGUUGGAGAUCCCAGUCUCUGUAAAAUGCCCGUAGGGAAAUACAUUUUCCCUGGAGAUUGUAACAAGUAUGUGGAGUGUAUCAACGGCAUUGCCCUCGUCAGGAAAUGUCCAUGGGGGCAGAAGUUUGAUAAAGAUAAGCAGCUGUGUGUUUCUACUGACGAUGGUUGCGAUGGAUGGAUUAGAGACCCGGUUUGUCAAACCCUAGACGGACUCUUUUCUAAGAAAGACGACUGUACCAAGUUCUACCACUGUUCUAAUGGUAUCGCCUAUCUGAAGGAUUGUCCUGCAUCUCUCUACUUUAACCCUCUUCUCAAAGUCUGUGAUUGGCCAAGAAACGUCCACAAUUGUGGAGUUGACCCAGUUCCAGAUCCUGACCCAACCUGUAUCGUUAACCCCGACGUUAAAUGUCCUUCCUGUGCAUGUCGGGUGGCUGAUCCUCAUGAUUGCGGAGCCUUCUACCAAUGUACAACUGAGGGUAAAGCCUGUAAAAAGACUUGUCCAACUGGUCUCAAGUUUAACCCUGUCAAGAUCCUUACCUGCUAGAGUACAAUCACAGCUGUGAUUGUACUCUAGCAGCUUCCAGUGAAAAACAGCAUGAAGAAGAUGGCGAUAUCUGCAGAGGCAAAACCAGUGGACUUCGUCGAAUUCCAUCUGACUGCUCCAAAUUUGUUGAAUGUGGUCCAGAAGGAGCAGGAAAAGAACAAGCCUGCCCUCAAGGGCUGUACUUCAAUGAAAGUAUCCAAAGUUGCGACUACAAAGAAAACGUCAAUUGUUAACUAUGUUAACAAUGAACAUGGAAGUUUGAUUCACAGCAUUUGUAAAUUAAUAAAAUGCGGAGUUAUGUAAUUAUUUCCGAAAUGAAUAUGUAGAAGUCUAUCUUAUUCUUCUUCUGAAAAAUAAAGUAUCAGCAAGCAUUUAAAUA